AGACAAUCAGACCGGAUCAGAUCGAAUUUGGCCUAAUUUGCUUUGAUUUGGUCCAAUGGCGCUGAGGCCAUCAUCGUCUACAAGUUCACUCCGCCGCUCCCGCGGCGGGGUUGUCUCUGAUGCUGAGACUGGCACUCCUCCUGUGAGGCAUUGGUGGAAGACCACUGAACAGUUCCUCGUGAACUUGCCAACCCGUCCUUUUCCAGUAGCCAUAAUGUGUCUUUUCCUUUUCAGUGUUGUAAGCUGGUUGACGUCUUCAGCCCUUAUUUCAAACCUAGGUCCUCAGGGAACAGGGGCUCCAGCUCUAGGAGGAAUGGGAGAACAAACAUUUGUUGGUUUGGCAGGUGUACAGCCUGAGGCUGAGCCAGUGUUCUUGCAUACUUCAGAUUGGAAUGAAAGUAAUGGGGUUUUGGCACUCGAAAAGAGGAGGAAGUCGGUAGUUCAGCAACAGUUGGGUUCAAGUGGGGUAUCUAGAGCGUCUGACCGUGGUGCGGCAGCUUCGCGAGUGUUCCAGCCCGCUGCUAUGCCUGAAGGCCACAUUGUCUCGAAGGUUGCGUUUGGGUCCUGUACAGCUCGUGUCGUCGUUCCUCAGCCUAUAUGGGCGUGGGGAGUGAUUCCUAGCGAGCCGCAUGCGUGGAUUUGGAAUGGGGAUUUUUCGUACACGGACGCACCAGGAGUUGAUUGCAGGGUUGAGGUGUCUCACAAGAACUGCAAUUGUACGAAGAACUGGCUGCGCAAAAGUAAGGCUUCUUGUCUGGCUGGGGACAUACCGCACGCCAAGUGGAAGCUGGGGAAACAGGUAAACCAUCCAGAUUACAAGGAGUUCCUUAAGUUCAUGUGUUCCCAGCCUGGAACCGAGGUGGGUCCGCCGCCACCCAUGUAUGACCUAAGCUCGUGUGCGCGACCAAUCCUUGGCACAUGGGAUGACCAUGAUUACAAUUGGCAGGAUGGAGAUCGACGACUUCCGACCAAAGAGCAGCAGAAAGAACUGUUUUUGGAUGCGUUUGGUGUUCCUCCGUACGAUGAGAGGCGCGAGCGAGGGAGAGGCCUUUACACAAAACAUGUGCUCAAUGCUGGUGUUCGUGGGAAGGAGAUCGACGUGUUGCUGCUCGAUGAGAGGUUUCACAAGGACCCAAAGCCAUGCCACAACAGGAGAGAAUUCUGCGAGAAGGUGGCGCUAUCAUCACCAACUAAGGAGAAAUACACCUGGUGCAUGGAUUUUCUGCUCGGAGAGGCUGGUUCCAAGCCCAGCUGCUGUUCCAAGGAUGAGCGGAUGUACCAAGGCUGGUGCAAGAACCCAAAGUCUGUUCAAGAUCCACUUUGGCGCCAUGCCUGUGAUCCGACAUACAGGCACUAUGGUGCUGACCGACUGAUCCUGGACCAGGUGACGGGGCGCCUGAGAUUGCGUGCGAAAAAUGAGAGUUGCAAAGGAGCAGGGGUAACUAUAGCGGAAGUAACAGAAGGGAAAGAAAAGGAAGAGGAAAUAGGAAGAGGAGGUGGCGGUGGUGGCGGCGGCGGAGGAGGAGAUGGAUGUAGAGAGGAGGAGGAGGAGGAGGAUAAAGAUGGUGUUCUCUGUGAUAUUCUGGGUUUCAGACAGAGAAAGUGGUUGAGGAACGUUCUCUACGAGUCCGACGCGCCGCUCAAGCUUCUUGUGUCAGGAUCCCCAGUGAUCAACAACCCCAAGCCUUUUAUAUGUGGCAAAGCUCUUAAGAAGAGACCUGCUGUCCAGUGUGUCUGCUUGGAUGAUUUUGACUGCUUCAGACCUGCCCAAAUCAACCUUAUCCAUACCAUGGUGGGUGCUCCAGGCUGUGUUGUUGUCCUCACCGGAGACCUUCAUUUCUCUGACAUUAAGGUCAUCCGAUCAGGGCAGAACCUUUAUUCAGCAGACUACAUGACUGCCAAUCUCCCCCAUCCAGUUUAUCAAGUUAUGGCCAGCGGUUUGACCACAGACACUGCACGCAAUUUCUCAUGCGAUGGAAUUCGACUCGAUCAUGCUGGCCUUCGGGAACAUGGCGACUGCGCCAUCGUCACCGGACCGGCGUUUGGGAUGCUGGAAGUGGACUGGGACUCUCCCGAGCGACUGGUCCAUCUGGAGAUACGAGAUGGCCAUACAGGUGCUGUACGGCUGAGAUCCAGGUUCUCUCUCAAUGGAUGCCAAUCUGUGUUCUGAAGAGGGGGGGGAAAGGUACUGCUUCUGUAUUGCAUGCUGUGCCUUUACAGUGCCAUGUUGUGAUGGCACGCUGUACAGAAAGGAUUUAAGGGGGGACAGGAGGGCCCACAGGAGGAGGUGGCUCUUAAACCGCAAGUGCACCUGGGCCUCUGGCCGUGCGGCACUGUGCUCCAAGCUUUUGUCUAAUCGCCAGCGAUGCUUUUUUUUUUUCUGUUUUUUGGCAGGUGCCGCCAGCCAUUGUGGUCCGGUAGCCCCGGGCCUCCAAAAUUUUAGGAGUAGGCGAUGAAGAAAUCUGGCAAGGCAACCAGCUGGCUUAGCUCAGUUGAUGAAUAAAAUAUCACAGUUCUG